UUCUAGCUUUUCAUUUCAAUCAUAGUAAAAUCCAAAUCCUAAUUUUUAAAUCGCUGCUGAUUGCUUUUUUAGCUCUCCAUCUCCUUUUUCAUCUCUUCCAUGGACCACAAUGUAACCGUUUUCACCAACCUCCAAGAGUCCGUUACGUCUGAUGGCGAUAAUGUUGAACCGGAAACCGUCGAUCAUCUAUGUGGAGGUGGAGGUCGCGUUUGUGGUCGGGAAGGCGGCAGUAUUGCGGAGAGGAGGGCAGCAACGUGCGGAUUCAAGGCGGAGAAGAUAAGAACGGCGAGGUUUCGGACCUCCACUAGUCCAUUGGCGUCCCCAUCGGUCCGGUCACCUUGCCUUACCAUUCCCCCGGGGAUUAGCCCCACAGCGUUGUUGGAUUCUCCUGUUAUGUUACCCAAUGCUCAGCCAUCUCCCACCACUGGAACUUUUCCGCUACCCCUUCUCAAUCAGGGUGGUCAAGUACUGAGUAUAAGCAACAGAGACAGAUGCAGCAAUGUAGCUCCUUCCUUCACAUUUAGACCCCAGAAUCUGGAUUCCCAGCCAAGCUUUUCUAGUGUAGAAGAUCAGGUUUCUUCCUCUUUUGAUGUGGUUCAGAAGGCUGAGGCUAGUUAUCAACAUCUUGUCCAUUUGGAUACACCUCUGGAUCUUGUAUUUCCUGCAGAAUUUUCCAAAGAAGCUACUUCAACAAGUUUUGCACCAGAUUCAGUCACCGAAGUCAAACUUUUAAAUAACAUUGUGAAUGAUAAUGUUAAUUUGGGAUUCCAUCCUUCUGGAUUGGCUGGUGAUCAAAUUUCAAUGCAGAAAGUUCCUUUCAGGGGACAAGAUGUUGGCACAAAUCCUUCAGAAGGUGAUCCAAAGGGCACAAACACCGCAGCAGGAACAGCAAGAACAUCAGAAGAUGGAUAUAACUGGAGGAAGUAUGGACAGAAACAAGUAAAGGGCAGUGAAUAUCCAAGAAGCUACUACAAAUGUACCCAUCCAAAUUGUCAGGUGAAGAAGAAGGUAGAGCGUUCACUUGAUGGCCAAAUUACUGAAAUCAUCUACAAGGGUGCACAUAAUCACCCAAACCCUCAGCCUUGUUGCCCCUCACUUGGGUCCUCUUUAUCAUCUAAUGAAAUGUCAGAGAGUACAGAAGGCAGCGGAACUUGUGUCAAAGUUGAAGCUGGUUUAAUUUGGAAAAAUUCCCUAGCUGGUUCAAAGGAUAUUAAGCCUGCACCUGAUUUGAGAGCCGAUGGUAUGGAAAGAACCUCCUCAACAUCUGUUGUAACUGAUCUUUCUGACCCGCGAUCAACUGCCCAAGGGAAAUCUGUUGGUGCAUUUGAAUCUGCUGAUGCUCCAGAGUUUUCAUCAACACUUUUUAGUCACGAUGAUGAUAAUGAUGAUAGGGCUACCCAAGGAAGUAUACCACUCUGUGAUGAUGCAGCUAAUGAUGAUGAGUCCGAGUCAAAAAGAAGGAAGACAGAAACGUGCUUGACUGAGAUGAAUGUUGCAUCUGGGGCUCUCCGAGAACCAAGAGUUGUUGUGCAAAUAGAAAGUGAUGUGGACAUACUCGAUGAUGGAUAUCGUUGGAGGAAGUAUGGACAGAAGGUUGUCAAGGGAAACCCUAAUCCUAGGAGCUACUACAAAUGCACAAGUCCUGGAUGUCCUGUGAGGAAGCAUGUGGAAAGAGCUUCCCAUAAUCUAAAAUGCGUACUCACGACAUACGAUGGAAAACACAACCAUGGAGUUCCAGCAGCCAGAAACAGCAGUCAUGUUAACUCAAGUGGUUAUAAUCUAACCCCAACCGUGCCUAACACUCAAGCUGCUCUGGCAUUAUCCAGAAAUGCCAAUGCUCUAAAGCCUGAAACACUGAUCCAAGAUAUUGCACCUCCUCUUGAUCAAAAGGCUGCAUUUAAAACUGCAUAUAUGAGACCUAGUUUUCUUGGGGAUUUCAGCAAUGAGAUGAAACUUGGGACAUCUCUGCCUUCUGUUUACCAAAUGAAGUUUCCUUCCUUACGGAAAGCUAUCUCUUAUGGCUCCUUUGGAUUGAACACAAACUGCAUUGCAACUCAUUCAUCUGGCUCAAUUGCCUCACCAGUUCCAAAUUUUCCAAUUUCGAUGCCACUGAAUCUCCCGACAUCUGCAAAUCUAUAUUUGGCUGGUUUUGAUAUUAAUAAUGUUGGAAAACCAACUGGUCCAAUUCACUCUUUCCUUCCAGGGCAGCAAUUCAAAGACAAUGCUACUGGGUUCCAUGGGAUCAAACAGGAGCUGAAGGACGAUAACCAUUAUGAUCCAUACCUUCCCAUUGCUGACCAUGAAAAUACAACAUCACCAUCAAUAUAUCAGCUGGCCGCCGGAAAUUUUCCAUCCUAGAUCGUUCAAUUCUUACCCAAGCCUGGUAAAUUGUUGGAUUUACUUGAGUUUGUCCAGAAUCAAAGGUUCUUGCUCUUUCUAUGUUGCUAAAUUAUCAUAUAUAGUUUUGCUUUUAAAUAUCUAUGCUUUUCUUAUACAAACCUUAAAACUUUAAGUAUGUGAUUAUAUAUGACUUUCAAUUUUAUACAUAGAAAUUAAAUACUACAGGUUAA